AUGGAACGUACAACAUCGCCGAAAGCGACAAAGCGAGGCCUAUUCCCAUCGCCCACCUACUCGGACUCGACGCUGUCCUCGAGCGCCAACUCGAGCUUGUGCACGCCUGAGAACCAGGCCGUAAGCCUGCCGAGCGACGCGAUGCGAAAAGAAGACGUUCAAGCCGCCAACGCGCGCUUCCUUUCGGCCACCGUCGACGCAAACGGCCGUAGCGAGCACGGAGACGACAACGAGGACGGCGGCCGUGAUGAGCCGUGCAGUGACGGCGAAGAUGUUGGACCCACAAAGCAUUCGAGCCUGUUGGGCGCACUCAGCUUUCAAUCUCCCUCUGAGGUGCCGGCCGGACCGGCCUCUCUCUUGGGAAAGCGCUCGACGCACAAGCGCAGUAGUUCUUCCAUCUCUUCGAGGCGCCACAGCAUCCAGCCCAUCAUGCCGACCGAAGAUGAAGCCCACGCUAGAAAACCCGUCAAGGUGGAAGACUCCACGUCGUCGGACGACGCGCUCACACUUCGGUCUUCGCCUCCAGCAGAGGAUGACUUCGACCUGAGCGCUUUUGCAAACAUGUCGAACGCCGAACUGCUCCUCUCUCCACCACGGUUGACGGUCAGUCUGGCAAAGGGCCACAAUGGUAGCCCCGUCAACAAGCAGAUGUUGGCCAAGCAGCUCCAGCUCCAGCAGCAGGCGAUGAGCGACGAGAGUAAGCGGAGGCGCACCUCUGCCGUCACUUCUGACGGUAACAACGGACAAAUGAACAACAUGACUCCCCAGCGGCACAGUACCAUGCCGCUCUCAUCCUCCAACGGUCAACAGCAGCACCUCAUCCAGCAAACGCCGCCGAACAACUGGAUGCAGAUGCAGGCCCACGCCGCUAGCUUGAAUAGCUCGGCAACCUCUAGCCGAUUGACCGAAACGCCAAGUUCGGUCAACAACUCGUCCAUAUCAACGUCUAUCUACAGCAGCGGUGGCUCGGCGUCGACUGACAGCCAUGGCAGGCCGCGACGACGAUCCCUUGCCGGCGAUCGGUCCAGCGAGAUUGCCAGUCUCACGGCGGGCCUCACCAUUCCUUCUCUGGGCUCUCAGCGCUCUCUGGGCGACUCUCUCUCGUCUUCUUCACCGUCGGAUGAGAACACACCCCAGCCUCCCAAGAGCGCACCCCCGGAUGCUUCGGCCAAUGCCAUGCAAAUGGCCCAGGCUCAAGCUCAGGCUCAGGCCCAAGCACAGGCGCAGCUUCGACAACGCCAGCAACAGCAACAGCAGCAGCAGCAGCAGCACGGAGGAGCUCAACAGAUGGGACCACCUUCGAGGCUUCCGAAGAUGGAGCGGAGCGAUAGCAAGUCGGAGAAGGGAAAGGGGCCUGACGUGUGGCCAGAUGACGUCGAAGUCGCCUUUUGGGAGGCUCUCCGGCUCAUUCCCAAGCUGGGCCGUCGCAAGGUUUUGGUGCACGGAAAGCCUUGCGGUCGCAAUGAGCUGAUUGCCGACUACAUCGAGCGCAAGACCAACAAGGUUCGGACAAGGAAGCAAGUUUCGAGUCACAUCCAAGUCCUCAAGAACAUCAAGAAGGGUGAUCCUGAAUUCCAGCAGCUCAUCGCCGAGCCUACCAGCGAAGAAGACUUUUACAUUCCCGCUGGCGGCAUGAUGUAUGCGCAGACGCUGGCCGGGUACGGCUACGGUGGCCUCGGUGGUCCUAAUGCGGCCUUUGCCCCAGACAAUGCCAGCGCUUCGCUCUUCUCGCCUUAUCCGACGUCCAUGCAAAGCCCCCUGCCGACGUCACAGUCCACUGGGCCCUCGCCGCUCUUCAACAGCGGUGGCUAUAAUCUUGGUCCCGAGGCAUACCAGGCUCCCCUGUCUGCCGGCAUCACCUCGGCUUUCAACAACCUGCACUUGCCCUCACCCGGUCCAGGGUCAGCACCAGCCGACCCCAAGGCAGCCAUGUCGACGGUAUGCCCCAUCCUGCCAGCCUCCUUCAGCAUGUGGGUUCACUGCUCCAACAGUGACGAUAAGCACAUCUACACGUGCCUCGACCGCAACAGCAUGGCGUCUUGCGCUCAGAGCAAUGCGCCUUUGCCUCGCCUGCCGCUUGACUCAGUCCGUGUCGGCGCUUUCCGCUUCCCAAGGCUGGCAGAGAUGUACCAUCGGCUUCCAUGCCAGUUUCUCCACGUCCAUGUUCCUCUCUCAGUUCCAAGAUCCGACGUUCUGCUGCCGAGGUACGACCACUUUAACACGCAACUCUCUCUGACUAGCCACCAGAGCUCGAAGUUGACGAGCGUGACAAGUGUCUACUCGCACGGAAAGCGCGUCCUUUCCCUCGUUGAGCCCCUUGAUGCUCCACGCCGUAUCUCGGGUCGUCCCUCGAACUCCUCAUCGACUGUAAUGACGCCCAGCCAAGGUCAAGAGACGGGCGCAGGCGCUGCGAAGGAGUCGCAGGCGAUGUCCCCCAUGCCCAGUUCCGAGGGAGGCGCGGCGUCCUCGGCCAGGCACCGUUACUGGCACCAGGCGCCAUUCGCCACCGACUUCUGGGCCGACUUUUUGAGCCGUAACCAUCCCUACAAUUCGCGUGACAGCAUUCAAUCGUUUGGCAAGGAGCCCAGCGAGCGAGCGGCACUGGGCAUGGCCGUCUCGGGCGUCACAAUCAUUCAAGAGUUUGUCGUCGCGGGCGACGACAAUGCUACGCAACAAGGAGAGGCAGCGACAGCCGCGGCGGCAUCGAACGCAGGUGCUCAUCUGCUCAACGAAAGCGCUUCCUCUCACGUCAGCCCCGGAAGCCUCAUGGGCGACGUCGUCCUUGUGGUAGCUUGGGACCUCGAAUGCGUCGAGGCCCUCGGCGGCAAGCCAGGCACACCUACUGUCUCGGUCCUCACGGCUUCCAAGUUGUCGCCUUCCCCCCGUGGCGGCCAGAUGCUCUUGCCGGCGCCCCACAAUGUCGAUCACAACAGCAUCGCCAACAGCCCUAGGCCUCAGGGCGGCCAGAUGCUGUUCUCGGCCGGACCAUCGCCGAUGCCCCAGCAGCAGACGAUGCAGACGAUGCAAGCGAUGCAGCAGACGGCGCAGCAGCAGCAGCAGCAGCAACAGAUGGGCAAUGUUCAGGCUCCAACGCUGCUUCGCAAGCGUGGACAGUCAGCCAACAAGCCCCUGACGGUGUUGAUUCCUCCUGUUCCAUCAUACCUCAACAACGGAUCAUCGGGCACUCCCUCGCCUGCGCCUUCGACGCACAACCCUACUUCGUGGGGCGCAAUGCAGCAGCGUGCGAUGCAGACGCCCAUCACGCCUUUCCCGCAGCUGGUGCACACGCCCAGCGACCCGCCUCCGAUGGCAAACGAAGACGAGGCAAAGAUGCAGCGCGAGCGCCUGACUCGCGCAUGGGCCUCGCAGGCCCCAGCAUCUGCUGGCAUGCUCUCGCACGACCUCCACUCGCCCCUGGACAUGACGUUCCAGCAGGCUCACCAGGCUCAACACACGAACCUGAUGAACAACGGUGCGUUCCAGUCUUACUCGGAUGGAGAAGACGUGGACGCGCCCUCGGCCCUGGGCAUCACGGGGCUCUCCUCGAGCCAAGGCAGCGGCGUCGGAGGCGAUGGCAAUGGGUCAGGCUUCCUCGGCGUCUCUCACAACAACGGCAGCAUGCCCCUACUCUCGCCCGUGCACUUUGAGCACCAUUCCCACAGCAUCCAGUCUCGGCAGAACUCGAUGGGAUCGGCGAUGGAGCCAAGCUCGUCGGCUUCGUCGGCCUUUAGCCUCCAGGUUCCCCAAUUCAACUCGUUGAAUGCUGGGGGACCGCCGAGCGGAUUCUUGGGGUCUGGCUCAUGCUCUUCCUCGGCCUCCUCGCCUGGUUUGAAUGGCCACAUGCCACAAAUGCAGCACAACCAGCAGCACCUCGGCCAACAGGCUCACGAUCCGAUGGGCAUGGCAGACGCCGACCAGCUCAACACGCAAGAAUGGAUGGACCAGCUCCUUCUCAGUGUUGGCGUCACUGUCAAUGACCAGCGAUGA